UACUCUCUCGUCCUCCCCGCUCGACUGUGGACACAGGCUAGUAGUCAUCGGGCUGUAUAAUAUUGUGGUGAUUAGUGUCUACUAAUGCUGAUGCAGACAAUUGAGCAUGAGACUCCAUCACAGAGUGCUUGGCUGUGGCUGCUGUUUGCUAUUCUUUUUCUUAUUAGUGCCCACCGUCAAUGAGUUGAUGUGGAAUCGUUCAAUCUGCCAUUCAGAAAAUUCAGGGAUUAUAGCUUCAUCUGCUCUCAGUUCUAACACCCACCACACAAGCAGAGAUAUACUAAUGGGGCUACCAAAGGACAACGAAGACUCGCAUACCCUGGCCCUCUCUGAACAUCCCGACAUUGAAAUUAGAGGCAAGUUCCAGAAGGAGCGGAUGAAGGAGUUCUGCAAAAAGCAUGUGUUUGUGAGAGAGAGUCUUCCCAGUGAUCCGCCCACUGCAAAGCUGUUCUAUCGUCAUCUCAUAUUUGAGGAGCACACUCAGUCCAUGUUCUGCUUCGUCCCCAAGAUUGGCUGCACCAACAUGAAGCGUCUGAUGCUGUACAUGGGAGGCCACCUGCCUCUCGACACACUGGACUGGCCGUGGGUGGAGGACAGCAAGUACUUGGAGCCAGCUCUCAAGCAUGCCUCGCUCAUGAACGUCACUCUAACACAACUACAGCGACUGACAAUGAUGCACACUUACUACAAGUUCAUGAUAGUCCGUAACCCCCUGGACAGGCUGGUGUCAGGCUACAGGAACAAGAUCGAGCCGCCAUUGGACUUCCAGAAGCAGGACUCUUUCCCUCACAAGAUCAAAAAGGAGAUCCUAAUGCGAUUCCAACUACGAGAGUUUCUCCAGUGGAAGCAGGCAUUCAAAACUAAGCCAUACAACAUAUCAGUGUCGUUCCAGCACUUUGUACACUACCUGAUAUACACUCCCACAGAGGACCUAAACGAACACUUCCAGACCUCGAUGGAUAUCUGCCAUCCUUGUGUAGUCGACUUUGACUUUUACGGGAACUUCAGAAAUUUCUCUCUCGAUACACAAACCCUCAUCAAGAAGUUCAAGACUGAUCCACGUUACUACAGAGACGAGAGUCUGCACGGUACG